AUGACUGCAUUUUUUUCCCAAUUAUACCACCAUUUUAGUCGUAGUUUGACCAAAAAUAUUCUACAAUCACAAAUUGAAUGCCUGGACAAUACUACAGUUUUAACUGACAACUUUACCCUUUUUGAUGUACUAAACAAAUUUAAAGAUCAAGUAAGAAUUAUGGCUGCAAGAGUGAGUCAGUUAUAUCAAUGUAUGAACCUUGUUAAAAAUCCAGCAGAUCCAUCCACACACCAAGAAGUACUUAAAGUUAAAAAAAACAUUAUUAAUGGCAUUACCCAUUUAUUGAAAGAGACAAAACCUUUAAAUUACCCUAAUUUCCAAUCUCUAAGUUCAGUCAAACUUUUAAAAACAUAUGAAAAAGUAUCUUCAGAAUGCAAAUUACUCCUGAAUAACAUCAAACAAGCUAAUGAUAAUAUUAUUAAACAUACUGAUCGGUUUAACAAUUUAUCAAUAUUUAUGAAAGAUUUCCAACAAGAGAUAGAAAAAAUUGAAGCUCAAAAUACAAUAAGUACAGAAAUAGAAAAUGAGGUUGCGCGAGAAUUUAAGGAGUGCAAAUCUGAUAUGUAUACAUUGUUAUCACAAGUAGAUCCUUCAUCUACAUUGAAAGAAAUAUUAAGUUUAUUAGUGGAAUGUAAUGAUGAAGAUGAAGAUUGCUGGGUGGACAUUACAAAUAUGCCUCAUUUAGUAUUGCAAUGUCAUAAUUUGAAAAAACAGGGAUUCGUCUUGCAAAAUGAACAAAAUAAAUUUCUUUUUAAAUUAAAUAUUUAAAUA